AUGGGUAACUUGGACGUAACUAUCCGCACUCCCGGGGCAUUCCUCGGCUACAGCCCGCGGAACCCUACAUUAGGACGCUCUCACUCAUACGCUGGUUCCCCUUCGCAGACUUCCUUCCUGCGAAGCUUUCCUCCUGGUAACCACCGCCUUGAACGUCGCCGCCAGUUCGAGUACCUCGCGAAAAACGACGGCUGGUGGUCGUUGAGGCGAAGCUUUCGAAAGCCGAGGACGCGGCUCGCGACAAGCGGAACCUGCAGAAGCGACACGAUGGCUGGCGGGGAGAAAGCGCGAAAAAGAGAUGCCACUGCUUCGGAAGCAUCUCUCGCUGCGGAACCAGAUGCAUCAGCAGCCGCAGCCGCAGCCACAGCCACAGACACAGCCACAGCAGCAGAAUCAGUACAGAUUGCACCUCCAGAAGUCGUGCCACCAAGCGAAUCAGCAUCAGCAACAAAUGCAACGGAGAGUCCUUCUCCCGCCAUCUCUGCGGCAGCGCAAGAGGUUUUAAGUCGCGCGCAACGUGCGACUAGCGGUGCGUGGCAGAGCCUAGCGACGGCUGCUGCCGAGCCUGUCGCCCUGCCGAAGCAGCUGCAGGAAAGCGUGCAGGCCCUGCCUCUCCCACCGAACCUGAAAGGGAGGCUCGGGGUCGCGGAUGGCUCGGCUUUGCUACUAACGAAGGGUCAGCUGGCAGCGGCGUUGCUCGCUGUUGGCCUGCUGGUUAAAGGGAUUCAAUCAUGGAUGAAAGCCAGAGCCACUGCUCUCAACAAUGAGUACUCCGUUCCUGCGCCUCUCCUCCCUGCUUCUCCAAACCUGCCCACCAUACCGGACCUUCCUCCUGUCGUACCUACGAAGCGCACAUCAGAGGAGCUUCCAAAUCUCCCUGUCUCUUCACCUCCAAGUAAACUUCCUGAAAGAGCUAUAGCUCCAGUGCCUGUUCCAGUCAUGGCUUCUGCAUAUGUAGCCACUGCGUCCGCAUCAUCAUCAGCAGUAGCAGCAGUAACAGCAGUAUCAUUGCCAUCAGCUGCAAUAGCACCAUCGUCAGCAGCAGCAGCAGCAGCAGCUGCAGCAGCAAAGGAGGCAAGUGCACCUCUACCAGCAGCACUGAUCGAAUUAGAACCACCCUUUGAGACAUUCUCUACCCCUAACAACACCGGAAGCAGGGGAGAAAGCAGGGAGGAGGAAAAGACUUUGCUGCCCCCUUCGUUUUUCAAGUUCACCGACUCCCUUCCGCCAUUUCCUUAUCUUUUCAAAAGCUGGAACCCUUUUGGAAAGGCCUCAGGUGUGAGUCCAAUUGAUAUGGACGAAAUAGACCGGAUGGCCGCAGCUGCAGCCUCGAAGGGUGACGUGUCAGACUCGGAAAUAGACGAUCGUCCGAGGCUGAUUAAAUUACAGCGAGAUAACGCUAUGGCAUGGUUUGCGUUAAUCACAGGGUUUCUCGUGCUUGUUGCUUAUGCAUGGAACCCUGCUAACCCGCAGCUAAUAUCGAAUCUGCAUGCUGCUCGCCGCGUACGAGGAGUCUCCGCGCGGGCGGUUCCGCCACCCGCAGCGCAAUUAGUCGCCGCGUGGAGGGCGGAGAAAGCGUCCACGGAGAAAGAAUUACCCGCGGAAAAAGCAUUUUCCGCGGAGCGCGCAGAAGGGGCGUCGGCGGGCGGCGGAACCAGCGGCGGAACCAGCUCCCCCCACAGCAUGUCCACGAGUUUAGGGUUGCGCGUAUCCGCAGCCUCGCCGCAGGCUUCGGCGGCUAACACGGCGGCUCUUAAGGCAAUCUUCACGGCAGCGCUGCUGCCCAUCCCGGCGAACAAGCCGAACGCGUGCGCGUGGCCUGGCGUGAUUUGCGCCGCAAACGGCGCUGUCGUUGGGCUCAACCUCACGAGCACCGUCAGCCGUCUCUUGCUCCCACCCACGCCUCGCCUUUGCAACCGUACUGCGCGCGAACCUGGCGGAAAAUUCCCCGCAACGCUCUCCGAGUCUAUCGGCGAGUUAACGGAUCUAACCGUGCUAUAUAUGUAUAACCUCUGGCUUGCCGGCGCGUUGCCGCGAUCCCUUUCCCGGCUUACGAAACUCAGCAAUCUCGAUUUCCAAGAUAACUGCUUCACUGGUCCUCUUCCCGUCGCCUUUUUUAGCUUGCCAAAUCUUUACUCUCUGACUGCGUCGCGAAACUUCUUCUCCGGCGGGAUACCACAGCGCGCUGCUUCGUACGCCGCGAUGAAUUCGCUCGCGAUUCUCGACCUUGGGAUUAACUGGCUCUCCGGGCCGAUUCCCGCUGCCCUCGCGACGCUGCCGAUGCUUCAGACAGUACUUUUAAACACGAAUCGCCUGACUGGAAAUAUUCCACCUGCCCUGCUGAAAUUGGAGCUGUCGGCACUUGUUUUAGACUGGAACCGGCUGUCUGGCGACCUGAGCGGGCAGCAAAUAAAAGCUUCUCUAAUUGGCUUGAGCCGGAACAGGCUGACCGGAAACUUUAACACGAUCAGGUUCAGCGAAUUUCUGACCUUCAUCGACGUUUCGGAAAAUUUGUUUUCGGGCUCCUUUCCUCAGAUCCUGUGCCGCUCGGGCAGCCUUUCUGGCGCCGAUUUUUCGCGCAAUCGCCUGACCGGAACCGUUCCAGCAAACUGCUUCAAGUCUGGGAGUAUCAUGCAGCUUGCCCUCUUUUUAAGCCACAACAGUUUCUCGGGCAGCUUGCAGGCUUUUGCGAACCUGCCCAAGGACAUCGCAGCUGUGGACUUGGGGUUCAACAAAUUUACAGGGGGAAUUCCCCAACGACUCACCACUUUACCCCAGCUUAACUACUUGGACCUUGGGGGAAACGCUCUCACAGGCCCCAUCCCCACUUUCUGCAAGGCAGGCCAACAACUCAUCUUCCUCAAUCUCGCCUCCAACGCCCUCUCUGGCCCGCCCACCCCGCUCUCCUCCCCCUCCUGCUCUGCUUCCCUGGCCCUCCUCUACCUCUCCUCCAACCGCCUCUCCGGCCCCAUCCCCGCUACAAUCAGCUCAUUUAAAUACCUCAAACGGCUGCUUCUUGACAAGAACGCUCUUACAGGAUCAAUCCCAGCUGGCAUGAGCAAACUGCAGCGAUUAAAGGGACUCGGGUUAUCGUAUAACAAGCUAUCGGGAACAAUUCCCGCGGUUUGGCCGGCAGGUGUACGGACCGUGCUGCUGGCAGGGAACCGACUGUCAGGGGCUGUCCCGGCUGCUCUGAGCAAGCUGAAGAGAGCCUCUUUUAAACCAGGGAAUCCCAACCUGUGCGGGAAACCACUGCCUGCUUGUGCUUAG